CAGAGUCUUCAAUUUGGUGAGUCUUGAGUGGGUAUACCAAUUUGACCCGGGUCGAUUUUUGGCCCGGAAGGAGUCCACCUGAUAUCCGGUCCGGAAUCCAAUAUCGAAGAUCAAAAUAGAAAAAAAAUUGGAAAAUAUACGCCUCUUACAGCAUACACCUCACGCCGCAUCCAUCUUCGCACUUCUCCGUGCCCUAGUUCUCUCUCUCCGAUUCACCGGCCACCGCUUUUUGUUGCCGUCGACGCCGGAACCCACACAUUUGUCUUCGAUUCUUUUGAGAAGCAGUACGUCCCAACAAUUACCGCGCUUUCUUGGAUGAAAUUUUGAAGAAUAGUCAUAGAGCGGUUUCGGAUAGGGGAAAGGAAGCGGAGGAAAGUAGAAGCUCGAUUAUUCGGUCGAGGUGCGUGGUAAUAGCCACUGAUGGCCAUUGAGUCUUGUAACGAUCAAAAGUUGAUGGAUGAUAUGGAUGAGGAUGAUGAACCAUUAGUCUUCAAAAGGAGCAGCUCCUCUGCAAAGCAGAGCCAGGGAAACUCAGAAACAAAGAGACCAUUGUCGCAGAAGCAUGAUCGACCAUUAAACAGGCCAUCACCAGAUGUACGACCUCAGAAUGGUCAAAGCACCAUGAUACAAAAGAGCAAGACGGUCCCUUCUUCUAGGACACCUCCUCUUAGAUCUCCUCUGGCUAGCCCAAAAUCAUCUAAUUCCUCCGCCAAGGCAUUGGCAGUUAGACCCCGGGAGGUGGAUCCAAGACCCUCUACUUCGGUGACAGAUGAGUCAAAUUCUGUGAAGCACCAGAUUAAAGAUGAGAAGCCAUCAACCAAAGCCACUGGUGGACUGAAUGAGGACUCAGAGGAUUCUGAAGAUGAUAAACCACUUAGUGCUAGGCUCCCGGCUGGCUUGUCAAAGGUCAACUCUAACCAUGCCAACAAAGGGCCUAAUGCUUUAACUUCGGUUCAGAAGACUAAGAUCCCCAAACCUGAAGAUUCAGAUGAUGAAAUACCCUUGUCAUCCAAGUUUCAAGUUAAGUCUAAUGCUGGGGAAUCAACCAACAGGCCUUCUAUUUCCGGUGAGAGAAAACCUCUAUUGGCCAAAUAUGACCAAAAUGGCUCAGCCUCAGCAGAAAGGAAACCUUCGACUAUUUUAAAGAAGAGACCGGCAGAUGGCGUAAAAUCUGCAGGUGAGUCCUAUCUUAAAAAACCUAAGCUUUCAGAUGCAUCUACACCCAAUAAAACAAAAGAGACAUCCAUUAAAGAUGAAAUGAAGGAUGAAGACGAUGAAGAUCAUGUGCCUAUAUCUCAGAGAAUAAAGCAGCAGACUUCUUCAGAUAAGAAAUCAUCAUCUGCGAAGAACAUGACUAAACCUAUAUCUGCAUCAGCGAAGAAGACAAGUAAGAAACCGAAGAAGGUUAUGAAAAACUCAAAGUAUUCUAAGUCAUCGAAGGUUCCUCCAAGUUCUGGGGAAGGGCAGAAGUGGACUACACUGGUUCACAAUGGUGUAAUUUUUCCUCCUCCAUACAAGCCUCAUGGGGUUAAGAUGCUCUACAAAGGCAAGCCUGUUGACCUAACCCCGGAACAGGAAGAGGUGGCAACAAUGUAUGCAGUGAUGCUUGAUACUGAUUACAUGAAUAAGCCUAAGUUCAAAGAGAACUUCAUGGCAGAUUGGCGGAAGAUACUAGGAAAGAAUCAUGUUAUUCAGAGCUUAGAACACUGUGACUUCACUCCUAUAUAUGAAUGGCAUCAGAAAGAAAAGGAGAAAAAGAAACAGAUGACUGCUGAGGAGAAGAAAGCUUUAAAAGAGGAGAAACUGAAGCAAGAAGAAAAGUACAUGUGGGCUAUCGUUAACGGUGUCAAGGAGAAGGUUGGAAACUUCAGAGUUGAACCACCUGGAUUGUUCAGAGGCCGUGGCGAACAUCCAAAGAUGGGGAAGCUGAAAAAACGAAUCCGCCCAAGUGACAUCACUAUAAAUAUUGGAAAGGACGCUCCAAUUCCUGAGUGUCCUAUACCUGGUGAAAGCUGGAAAGAAAUAAGGCAUGACAAUACAGUGACAUGGUUGGCAUAUUGGAAUGAUCCCAUUAAUCCAAAGGAAUUCAAAUAUGUUUUCCUGGCAGCAAGCAGUACCUUGAAAGGACAAAGUGAUAAAGAGAAAUAUGAGAAAGCCAGACUCUUAAAGGACUACAUACAUGGUAUUCGAGCAGCUUAUACCAAGGAUUUUACGAAUAAAGAUCCUACAAAGAAGCAGAUAGCAGUUGCCACCUAUCUUAUUGACAAACUAGCCCUUAGGGCAGGCAAUGAGAAGGAUGAUGACGAAGCUGAUACAGUUGGUUGCUGCACAUUAAAAGUUGAAAAUGUCGAACCAGUGCCUCCAAAUAUCUUGAAGUUUGAUUUCCUCGGUAAAGAUUCUAUAAGAUAUCAAAAUGAAGUUGAGGUUGAAACUCCGGUGUUCAAGGCAAUCCAACAGUUUCGUAGUGGGAAAAAGGGUAGCGAUGAUAUGUUUGACAGACUUGAUACCAGUAAACUAAAUGCUCAUUUAAAGGAACUGAUGCCUGGUCUGACAGCUAAAGUCUUCCGUACGUACAAUGCAUCUAUCACGUUGGAUGACAAGUUGAGCAGGGAGACAAAAGGUGGAGAUGUUGCUGAAAAAGUUGUUGUUUAUCAGCAUGCAAACAAGGAGGUUGCCAUCAUUUGUAAUCAUCAACGCACUGUCUCCAAGUCCCACAGUGCUCAGAUGACACGCUUGAAUGAAAAGAUAGAAGAACUAAAGGGUGUUUUAGAAGAACUGCAGACAGAUUUGGCUAGGGCAAAAAAGGGGAAACCCCCACUGAAGAGUGCUGAUGGGAAGCCAAAAAGGAAUUUGAAUCCUGAUGCAUUAGAGAAAAAGAUAGCUCAGACCAAUGCAAAGAUUGAAAAAAUGGAACGGGAUAAGGAGACGAAAGAGGAUUUGAAAACUGUGGCAUUGGGUACAUCAAAGAUCAACUACCUUGAUCCUCGGAUCACAGUUGCAUGGUGCAAACGCCAUGAAGUUCCUAUUGAAAAGAUUUUCAACAAGUCUCUUUUGGCGAAAUUUGCCUGGGCAAUGGAUGUUGAUCCUAGUUUCAGAUUCUAAUACUUUUAGUAGCCCUCAUUGGACACAUCCUGUUCACCGACACCUACAGAAGGAGAAGACAAAGAAUUCUAAACGGCACUGCAGCAGAAACAGUUCGCUAACAGUCAUCUGCUAGCAAGUUUAAUUUGUUUAUUCCUACUUAUUGAAUUAUAUGAUCUCAAUGAAGUUGCAGAGUCAAUAUCCCAUCUUUGAGUAAUUCCAUCGUUGAAUGUGAGAAUUUUCCUCGUUAUUUCUUAUUGAAUUAUACAAUUCAAUGAGGUCAGUGUUUGUGUCCAAUUGAUUCUUCUCACUGAUCCGAGUUUAGUUGGUUUGUCUAGGUUGCGAUAAGAAUCCAGGAACAGAGAGAAUGAAAAAGAAGAAAUGCUCAAGAUUUGGAAAUCACUGUUAUACACAUGUAACACCUGGAGUAUGAUAACACGAUGCAUGGACUGGAAUUUUUCUUAAGAUUUUUAAUGUGCUAGACCGAUGAUGAUACUGUGAUACACUGGGUCUGCUUUAUAA